UGCGCGUCCUCCAGGCGUGGUGGUGGGGUCGUGGGCCCCAGCCCAGUGCUCCAGGACGCGGGCCGCACCGCCGCGGCCGCCAUCUUGCCCGCGUCCGGGCUCCUGCAGCGGGAGGGGCGGUGUCCCGGCCGGAAGCGGCUGUGCGGCGGCCGCGCUGCCACCUCAGGUCAGUGAGUGCGACCCGGUCCGCGUCUCGGCUCUGGGGAGCGCCGCGGCCGCAGCGAGGGGCCCGAGAUAGCCUAGUUGAAAGGCCCGGGCGUCUCGGCGGGAAGCGCGUUCCGCGCUGUGGGGUAAUCGCGCCGGGCGGGCGGCCGGCCGGCCGGGCCUCAGCGGGAGCCACCGGGGGCUGCGGGUGGCCGUGGGACCUACGGAGACCUCCUCGGGGCUCAGGGAACACGCUGCAGCCUUCGCCGCGGCAGGCUUGUGGGGAGCGGCGUCCCAGCCUUUCCUGGGAGGCUCAGCCAGGUGCCUGGAGCGGGAGAGUCGGACUCAAGAUUCCUUCUUUACCUGGAAUAGCAACGUGCCCUGUUCCCGUUGUACCCUCUUAAAUACUAUACUUCUUAAACGGCCUAUCUCCCGUGCUGUUACAAAUAUUCUGGUGAAUGAACACAGAAUCAGCAUGGCUUUCCUUUGCUGAGAAAUCACUGAUGGGAAGUGAGACUUGUUAAACUUGAAAGUGAAUGGAUCUGAGUGGACCCCUUGAUCACAUCAGUAAACAUGAGCGGUACCAAACCUGAUAUUUUAUGGGCACCACACCAGGUUGAUAGAUUUGUUGUGUGUGACUCAGAACUAAGUCUUUAUCAUGUGGAAUCUACUGUGAAUUCAGAACUCAAAGCUGGAUCUUUACGUUUAUCUGAAGACUCUGCAGCUACGUUACUGUCAAUAAAUUCAGAUACACCCUAUAUGAAAUGUGUUGCCUGGUAUCUCAAUUAUGAUCCUGAAUGUCUGCUGGCAGUUGGACAAGCAAAUGGUCGAGUUGUACUUACAAGCCUUGGUCAAGAUCAUAACUCAAAGUUCAAAGAUUUGAUAGGAAAAGAGUUUGUUCCAAAACAUGCACGACAAUGUAAUACCCUUGCCUGGAAUCCACUGGAUAGUAACUGGCUAGCUGCUGGUUUAGAUAAGCACAGAGCUGACUUUUCAGUGCUAAUAUGGGAUAUCUGCAGCAAAUAUACUCCUGAUAUAGUUCCCAUGGAAAAAGUGAAACUUUCAGCAGGUGAAACGGAAACAACAUUAUUAGUAACAAAACCACUUUAUGAGUUAGGACAGAAUGACGCUUGUCUUUCUCUUUGUUGGCUUCCACGAGACCAGAAACUUCUCCUUGCUGGUAUGCAUCGUAACCUAGCUAUAUUUGAUCUUCGGAAUACAAGCCAAAAGAUGUUCGUAAAUACAAAAGCUGUUCAGGGUGUGACAGUAGACCCAUAUUUCCACGAUCGUGUUGCUUCCUUUUAUGAAGGUCAGGUUGCAAUAUGGGAUCUUCGAAAAUUUGAGAAGCCAGUUUUGACAUUGACUGAGCAACCAAAACCCUUAACAAAAGUAGCAUGGUGUCCCACUAGGACUGGUCUACUUGCCACUUUAACAAGGGAUAGUAAUAUUAUUAGAUUGUAUGAUAUGCAGCAUACACCCACUCCCAUUGGGGAUGAAACUGAACCCACAAUAAUUGAAAGAAGUGUGCAACCUUGUGACAAUUACAUUGCUUCCUUUGCAUGGCAUCCAACAAGUCAAAAUCGAAUGAUAGUUCUAACUCCCAACCGAACAAUGUCUGACUUCACUGUUUUUGAAAGGAUAUCUCUUGCCUGGAGCCCAAUUACAUCUUUAAUGUGGGCUUGUGGUCGUCAUUUAUAUGAAUGUACGGAAGAAGAAAAUGAUAAUUCUUUAGAAAAAGAUAUAGCAACGAAGAUGCGUCUUCGGGCUUUAUCGAGGUAUGGACUUGAUACAGAGCAUGUGUGGAGGAACCACAUUUUAGCUGGAAAUGAAGAUCCACAGCUCAAGUCACUCUGGUAUACUCUGCACUUUAUGAAGCAAUACACAGAAGAUAUGGAUCAGAAAUCUCCAGGCAACAAAGUAUCAUUGGUUUAUGCAGGAAUUAAAUCAAUUGUAAAGUCAUCGUUGGGAAUGGUGGAAAGCAGCAGACAUAAUUGGAGUGGGUUGGAUAAGCAAAGUGAUAUUCAAAAUUUAAAUGAAGAGAGAAUCUUAGCUUUACAGCUUUGUGGGUGGAUAAAGAAAGGAACGGAUGUAGACGUGGGUCCAUUUUUGAACUCCCUUGUACAAGAAGGGGAAUGGGAGAGAGCUGCUGCUGUGGCAUUGUUCAACUUGGAUAUUCGCCGAGCAAUCCAAAUCCUGAAUGAAGGGGCAUCUUCCGAAAAAGGAGAUCUGAAUCUCAAUGUGGUAGCAAUGGCUUUAUCGGGUUAUACGGAUGAGAAGAACUCCCUUUGGAGAGAAAUGUGUAGCACACUGCGAUUACAACUAAACAACCCGUAUUUGUGUGUCAUGUUUGCAUUUCUGACAAGUGAAACAGGAUCUUAUGAUGGAGUUUUGUAUGAAAACAAAGUUGCAGUACGUGACAGAGUGGCAUUUGCUUGUAAAUUCCUUAGUGAUACUCAGUUAAAUAGAUACAUCGAAAAGUUGACCAAUGAAAUGAAAGAGGCUGGAAAUUUGGAAGGAAUUUUGCUUACAGGCCUUACUAAAGAUGGAGUGGACUUAAUGGAGAGUUAUGUUGAUAGAACUGGAGAUGUUCAAACAGCAAGUUACUGUAUGUUACAGGGUUCACCUUUAGAUGUUCUUAAAGAUGAAAGGGUUCAGUACUGGAUUGAGAAUUACAGAAAUUUAUUAGAUGCCUGGAGGUUUUGGCAUAAACGAGCUGAAUUUGAUAUUCACAGGAGUAAGUUGGAUCCCAGUUCCAAGCCUUUAGCACAAGUUUUUGUGAGUUGCAAUUUCUGUGGCAAGUCAAUCUCCUACAGCUGUUCAGCUGUGCCUCAUCAGGGCAGAGGUUUUAGUCAGUAUGGUGUGAGUGGCUCACCAACGAAAUCUAAAGUCACAAGUUGUCCUGGCUGUCGAAAACCCCUUCCUCGAUGUGCGCUUUGUCUCAUUAAUAUGGGAACACCAGUUUCUAGCUGUCCUGGAGGAACCAAAUCAGAUGAAAAAGUGGACUUGAGCAAGGACAAAAAAUUAGCCCAAUUUAACAACUGGUUUACAUGGUGUCAUAAUUGCAGGCACGGUGGACAUGCCGGACAUAUGCUUAGUUGGUUCAGAAAUACUAGAAUCCUUAAGAAGUGGUUGCUGUUGUCACUGGUUCUGCACAUGGCAAUGAAAAAGAAGAAAGCAAAAGGCACACCUUUGCUUCUUUUCCAAGUCAUCAAAAUUUGAUAUGGCAAAAAUCAUAAAUAGUUACAAGGCAAACAAAUUGAUAAACUACAACAUUUAUGACAAAUUGCCUUAAUUCAGAAAGGACAUUUUCAAAGCCGAGGAAAAAACAAUCAGUAGAUAAUAUCAAUCAAAGACUUGUGCAAGCAAAAUAGAAUGGCUGACAAAUAAAUGCUAAAUCAGUAACAUGCUGAUUAAAAAGUAGAAUACUGUUCAACUGACUGCAUAGAUUUAAAAUAAUAGGCAUUUUCAUGGAUGUGGGAAGGAAACAUUCUGAGAUAACAGCUAAUGAGAGUUUAAGUCUUGAGGACAAGUAAACAGUGUUAAUCAGAAGCCGUAAAAAGGUUCAUACCCUUUGACAUAGUAUGCUGGGAAUAUUUUCUGAGGGAUCGAUUGCAUAAGUGCACAAAGAUGUAUAUUUUUGUGAUAUGGUUCUACACAGUAUUGUUUAUAAUAAAAACUUGGAAACCUAAAUGUCCAAUAAUAGAAAAGAAUAAAUUAUUGUAUAUACAUACAGUGGGUAACUAAGAAAUGAUUCAAUUAGUAUAGAUAUUUUCAUUGACAAAGGUUUCUUAAUAUAUUGGUAAGUGAAAGGAAAGGGAAGUUUUAGGAUAGUAUAUCUAGCGUAUAAAUAUAUUUGUCUGGGAUAUGGUUAAUACAGAAACUUUAACAGUGGCCAUCUUUAAAGAGUGGAAUUUUGAGUAACAUUUUCUUAUCUGUAUCUUUUUUUCCCAAUAAAUAUAUAAAUAAACGUACAUGCA